UGAAGAGAUGGAGGAGCCCAAAAAUGAGAAUAUGGUCUGUGCAAGGGAUCUCAGAAUCAUUUGGUCUAGAGACCGUCGUUACUGGCGAUGGGUCAAAGACACAGAUAACAGUUACGUUGCUGAACUGUUAAAUGUAUGUUGGCUAAAAGUGAGUGGAAAAAUUGAGAACCCAAACCUGUCACCAGUAACUAAGUAUGAAGUUGUGCUCGUGGCCAAGAUGAAAACUAGAGCUUAUGGAUGGGAUGCUCCAGUGAAUUUCAAAUUCACUCGCCCAGGUGGUACACAUGACUGGACCAUUAAUUUGGAGGAUGAAUUUAAGGAUAGCAAAGAUCAAUGGAAAGAUAUUAAGUUGGGUGAGUUUGAUCCAUCCGGAAAUCCUGGGGACAUCGAGUUUUGGCUGUAUAAAUAUGGUGGGGUUGCCGUUCGACCAAAGAGCUAA